CCAGCAGUCAGUGUACUUCACACAGAGCUCAGGGAAAUCAGAUUCUUCUUACAAUUGGAAAUCAGAUUCUGUAGUGGAGAAGUAAACGUGUGUUGGGUUCAUCUUCUGUGUCCUAUUGAACUGCCUGUGGAUGGCGCCGGGUCAGCAGGUGACUCUACCGUAGUCUGGGUCUAAGGAGGAAUGUCACUGCAAAAACAGCAUUUCAAACAGAACAGCCAAGAAAUGUUACUGAAAGCCUGAUUUCACUUUUCAGCGGGUGUGUGGUGAUUGCAGAUUGCGGUUUGGCUCAUUAAUGGGAGAUUUCCUCCGUCAGCUUCGUGGAGAUGAGAAGAGAAUAAAUUACACAAGGCAGGAGGAUGAGAUCGUCUCCCAGCAGCACCCAGGGCUCCGGACACUGCAGAGCGUGACGUCACUGCAUGGAUAUAAAGAGCCGCAGCAGGAGAGCGGCCGACACAGCUGAAGAUAUGUCCUCCUCCUCCGCGCCAGGCUCCGCCCCCAGCAAGCCCAGCUCUGAUGUCUACUCCUAUCAGCGGAUGGAGCUCACCCAGGCUCAGAUAGACGAGGUGCUGAGCAUCAUGAAUACCAACGUGGAUAAAGUUUUGGAUAAAAAUGGGAAAAUUUCCCAACUUGAAGCCACAGCUGAGGAACUUCACGCCGGAGCCAAACAGUUCCAGACCAACACCUCGGAGCUGCGGAAGAGACCCCUGUGGAAGAACAGCAAGCUGCUGGUUGUUGUCGGUCUGCUCGGUAUCGCCAUGGUGAUUGUGACGGUGGCGGUUUCCUUGAAGUGAAAAAGAUUCAGAGACGGCGACGUCGCUGCUGCCGCCGGCGGGACUCUCGCGCUGAGGAUACCCGGAUCUUCUUAUCACUGUGAUUUCUGCUUCCUGGUUCUGGAAUCUCCGUUAUUCCGAUGGAAU